ACGAAGAAAGCACCGAAUAUAACGAGGGAAGCACCGAAUAUAAUGAAGACAGCACCGCAUAUAAGGACAUAAGCACCGAGUGUAUAUAAUCGUGAGUUUGAGACGCAAGUUAGCGAAACAAGUUUCCCCGACGUCACCCCCCGGGCAAGCUGGGCAUAUUUAAAUUGUUUACCCAUGACGCACAACAUUUUUUCCAGAACUAUUUGCGUUGAAUCGAGUGUGCUGUGGAUUUCAGAGGAAAUCUUGAGGAAAAAGCUUGCUUGCAACUGCUUAAAAGCGGUAAAUGGUAUUGACGAGGAUUUUAUUUUUCGGCUCCUCGAAAGGGAUAAAUUAAUUGCUGUGGAACAAGAUGACUACAGCAGAGCUGUUAUUCUAAAAGCCAGAGAAAUUGUUACAAUAGGUCUUGUUCUUCUACACACAAGUUCGUUGUCAUCUCUUGUGGACUGUACUGGUGAUGUUCAGUUAUGGCAGGGACAUCUACUUCACUGCGGUGCACACUGCUCAUUUGUCUUCUGGUUAUGUGUGCCAUCACUAUUACUUUUCUGGUUGCCUUUGAUAAUGGCGAUGUUGCUAACUCUUUUAGGAGAAUACCUCAAACUCUUUGUGAAACACUGAGUCAAACACUGGGUCAAACACUGGGUCAAAUGCCAUGUCAAACUAUGCAAAUCAACAAUACAAAUGUCACUGGAGGGGCAGAAACAGAUGUCGGUACGACCACACGUGCACUGAGUGCCGCGGAAAACCAAGAAGCAGCGAGUCAAACUCCAGUCACACAUGCGUCGAGUGAAAAUCAAAACACAGCUCUAAAGUGUUCUCCAGUUGAACAUGUCCUCUUCCUCAAGACACACAAAGCUGGAUCCAGCACUGUCACCAAUAUUCUCUUCCGCUAUGGCGACGCUCGAGGGCUCACGUUUGUUCUUGGCGGCGACACGUUGAUCGGUUGGCCUACGCGCUUUCGCCUCGGACAGGCCUUGCCUUUCGACGGAACUCGACCGAAUUUCCUGGCCAGUCACACAAGAUUCAAUAAGAAAACGAUGAAUUUUCUCUUCCCGCAUGAUGCCAGCAAGUACAUUACGAUAAUUAGAAACCCGGUGGAACAGUAUGAAUCUGUUUUCAACUACAUGGGCGUUGGCAAAAUUUUCGGUUUUGGUGGGGACCCAACGGAAUCGUUGAAGGCAUUUCUAAAGAAAGGAAUUCAGUUUAAAGAUAUCACAAAAACAGGAUCUUCACGCUUAGCCAGAAAUCCCCAGUCGUUUGACCUGGGUUUGGAUUUCAAAUUUUACCAAGACGCAAAAGCCAUCGAAGAUUACGUUGCGUUUCUGGACAAGGAAUUCGAUUUGGUCAUGAUCUCUGAUUACUUUGAUGAGUCCGCGGUACUUCUAAAACGCGUUCUUUGCUGGGAAUUGGAAGAUGUUCUCUUUAUGAAAACCAAUGAAAGACUCGACAAAGAGAGAGCCUCGAGUAUAAGCGACGAUAUUAUAGAAAACAUCAAGAGGUGGAACAAGGCCGACGUGUUGCUCUUUGAACAUUUUAAUCAAACGCUUUGGAACAAAAUCAAAAUGGAAGGGGAGAGUUUUUAUGAAGAUCUUGCCACGUUUCGUCGGAUGAAAGCUGACUUGAAGAGUCAAUGUUUUACAGACCAAGUAAGCAAUCAACUAGUUUACGGCAAUAAGUAUGUUAAGGGACUAACGCUUAAGUCGGAUCUCCCGCCAGAGCUGAAACAAAAAUGCGAGAGGGUGACAAGAACCGAAAAUGAUUAUCUUGCAUAUUUCAGAAAGAAACGCUCCGAAAGAUUAGCGGGGAUUUUCAAUGCGUUGCCGAAUGAAGACGCUCAAGAGAGAGUUAGCUGGGACGUAGCUAGUGACUUUAAAUAUGAUCCUGUUUAAGAAAAGAAAAAACGAAGUGUCUAAAUGACCGGCAGCCGAUCAAGGUUUUAAAUAGACUAAAUGACCUUUAUUGUAGUUUAGGCUAAAUAGCACUCCGCGGGUUAGCCUGAAAAGCACUCUGGUUGGCCUGAAUAGCAUUCCGGUUAGCCUGUUUACAGUUACCUUUCAACAAUGGUAAGGGUGACACGAUAUAUACAGUACUUAAAAUAUUCCCAAAGCUGCCAGCCGGUUUCGGUGGCUCAGUGGUAAUAAGUAUCGUUCGCCAUGCAGGCGACCCUCUUGGUUUCGCCUGGCACAAUGUUCUUUUUACGUUGUUUUACUUCACAUAGUGCCAGUAAUUUAGUCUAUUUAAAACUUCGACCGGCUGCCGGUCAUACAGCCCUCAAAUUUCCUUCGACUUCACCACCAGGCUCUCUCGUCACGAGAAGAAAAGAGAGUCUGGCGCCGAGGUUAACAAAUUUUGUUUAGUAGAUUUGAAGGUGAAUAUAGUGGAAGCUCCCGUAAGUGACCACUUAAAACGCCUAAUUUAUAUGGUGGCUUUGAAGAGGCGGUUGCAAGACCAGCGUUAUCACGAAUAUAGUCAGUCGCGAACAUCGGAGAAAUAACUCUUUUAGCCUGGGAGCAAUAUUUAUUGUCAAAUCAGGGUUAAAGCACGUCUGCCUCAACAAUUGGCGUCUGUAGUGGGGUGUGAUCGAGGGAAGAUGAAAUUGCUUACCAUUAGCUCUAAAAGUGGUAGUGGUCGCAUUCGCACAUGAAGUUAAAAGGAGCUCAGUCACGGAAUUUUGAGUUAUUUUGGCCACAUACAAAAUUACAUUUUAAUGGUAGGAAACCUGAA